AUGAAUGAAAUUCUCUAUAAUGCCAGUCUUGUAUUGAUCACUAUGCAUUAGAUAAUGGAAAUUGUCUUCCUUGUAGUAAUUUCUAUAAUUUUUUUAGAAAAUACUAUAAUAAAAUAUCAAAAAAAUACUACAAAACUUUUGAGCUUACACAUUUUUACUUUAUUCUACAAUUAUUAAAUUAAUACACUCGAUCUCUAUUUUACACUUAGAUAUGAUUGGGAUGAUGUUAUACUACUUGCAAGAGAUGUGAUACGGCAAUUGAUGUAUACUUGA